UACUUUUAGCUUCCCCCAUCCUGCCAGGUCACUCAACCAUGUGCUAGCUGGUUAUGUGCUAGCUAUCUUUAUUCACAAUGUCUUUACAGAAGCUCAUGCAACAGAGCAGCAAUGGCAAUGUGGUGGACUACUGUGCUGGUCCAGCCUACAGCUCUUAUUCCACACUCACAGGCAGCCUCCCGAUGGAUGAUAACAGAAGGAUUCAAAUGCUGGCAGACACCGUGGCCACUUUGCCUCGGGGACGAAAGCAGCUCUCUUUGACCAGAUCAAGUUCUUUAGGUGACUUUUCCUGGCCUCAAAGAAAACUGGUUAUUGUGGAAAAGCAGGAUAAUGGAACAUUUGGAUUUGAAAUUCAGACUUACAGACUCCAGAACCAGAACACCUGCUCCUGGGAGAUGUGUACUAUGAUCUGCAAAAUACAGGAGGACAGCCCAGCUCACUGCUCUGGCUUGCAAACUGGUGAUGUCCUUGCAAAUAUCAAUGGAGUGAGCACAGAAGGCUUCACCCACAAACAAGUGGUUGACCUGAUCAGAUCAUCCGGAAACAUGCUAACGAUAGAGACUCUUAAUGGGACAAUGAUUCUCAGAAGAGCAGAGCUUGAAGCAAAGCUGCAGGUUUUAAAGCAAACACUGAAGAAAAAAUGGGUGGAGUUCAGAUCUCUGCAGUUACAGGAACAGCGUCUGCUUCAUGGUGAUGCAGCUAACUGCCCAAGUUUGGAAAACACGGACAUAGAUGAAUUGUCCUUGUUUGGAACGUUGCCUGGGCCCAGCGCAGCUCUCGUGGACCGAAAUAGAUUAUCCAGUGAAAGCAGCUGUAAGAGCUGGAUGAGUUCCAUGACCCUGGACAGCGAGGAUGGCUACCAGACUUGUGCGUCUGAAGACUCAAGCAGGGAGGCCUUCAGCCGGCAGACAAGCACAGAUGAUGAGUGCUUUGGCCUCAAGGAUGGGGACGAUUUUCUGAGGAGGUCUUCUUGGAGGAGGAACCGGAGCAUCAGCACGGCCAGCAGUGGGUCCAUGUCUCCAUCCUGUGAGGGCAACUUCGCGAGCAUGUUUGGGACCCUGCCCCGGAAAAGCAGAAGGGGAAGUGUCCGGAAACAACUUUUGAAAUUCAUCCCUGGUCUUCACCGCGCGGUGGAAGAGGAAGAGAGUCGCUUUUGACCGCUUGUGGUGUCCUUUCAUAUUAGCUCAUUUCAGAAAUAUCUCUAGACUUGUCUAAAUCGACUCCACCCAGUUCAGUGGGAAAGUGCAGAUAGAUUGAGAAACUGACAUCCCAUUUUACAGCAAUAAUGACUUUUAUUUAAACUUUUGUGUUUUGCUCCUUAAAUCAUUUUUUCAGCCAGAACAGCUGACAUUCUAAGCAG